AUGGAUCAGGCUGACGUCCAAGAGACGCGAAGAGAUGGGCAGCACGUUAAUAGCGUCGUCUUUGCUCCGACGUUUUUGCUAAACGAACCCGAAUUCUGGUUCGCAGUGUUCGAGAAUCAGUUUACUCUCCACGGAAUCACUCAAGAUUCCACCAAAUACGCGCACGUCCUCUCUCAACUAAAUGCGAAAUAUGCCAGAGAGGCCAAGGACGCCACAAUGAACUCAUCGGACACGGAGAGAUAUAUUGCAGCCAGAAUGGCUCUAAUUCAACAAGCCUUGCAAGAAGAACAGCGAAUUCGACAACUUCUGGAGCACAAAGAGGUAGGAGACCGAAAACCUUCACAAUUUCAACACCAUCUCCAUAGCUUAACAAAGAAUACCCCGGAAGCACUCCUUCGCAAGCUCUGGCUAGAUCGCCUUCCUGUGCAAGCCCUGACUAGGUCGCCUUCCUGCGCAAUUGCAGGAAAUUCUAGCCACACGAGUACAGGACCCACUAGAGGAUAUCGCGAAGCAAGCAGAUCGAAUACAGGUCUCUCUAGCUGGGAGGUAACUAAGGUCGCCUCAAUUUCUGCAGAAAGAAGAAUCCUUUCCAGACAGCUCAACAAGCUCGUUCUUCAUGCAUUUGAGUUCGACAGACUACUGAAGCAACCGCAGCAGCACAGUCAUCAAUGCAACAGGUCGCAAGAAAGGAAGAAGCAACCUGACGUCUACUACUACCAUCGGCAGGCAAAGGAACCACUUUCCCCCCACUACAUCAACGAGAAUAAAGAGAACGGCGAACCUCGCCUGAACGCUCGACAACGGCGAACCCUCCGGCGUUUAGAGAAAAAUGUUUAG